AUGGACGCUCACGCCUCCCCGCGUGCGACGCGCAACGGAUGGGGCUGCGGGGACGCAGCCAGAAGGAAGCGCAUGCGGCUUCACGAGGAGAGCACAGAACGCACAGAGGCCUUUUUUCCCAAGACAGAUUAUUCAGGCUCCGUCCGUUCUUCCGCUUCUCUGUGCGUCUCUUCGUCCUCUACCAGCUUGACAGCUGCGUGCACGUCUCGCUCGCACCAGACCUCGUCUUUCGAUUACUCCUUUUUUUCUUCUUCCGUCUUUUCGGCCUCGGAUUCUGCGCCCUCUGAGGCCACGGCGAGCGCCGAGGCGGAGCGAAGGGAACACGUUUUCUUGCCGCCGAAGGCCUGCAAGGCCCUGCCGCUGACGCUCCAGUGGGUCGUGCACCCUGGCGCAUUCGUCGUCGCCGGGCAGACGCUGGCGCUUCUCUAUCCUGAAGCCUCUUCUCCUUCUUCUGCCUCUUAUCCCCCUGCGUCCUCGUCUUCUUCUUCAGCCGGCGCUCGCGAAGAGGUGAAAUGCGGCGGUGCGGGCGCCAGGCGAGACGCAGGGAGUGCGGAGGUGGCGGAAAGCGGAGCCUCUGCGGCAGGCGAAGGGGGAGACGCGACGGCGAAGGAUGAAAGUCAGGAGAAGAAAGCGCAGGCUGCGCUGCAGUGCUUCAACUUAGCGGCGCCUGUGGCGGGCCGCGUCGUCAAACUCGCAGUGGAGCCAGGCGCGUUGAUACGCGAAGACCGGCUCUGCCUCUGCGAGAUUGAGGCCGCGAGCUGCACUCACCCCCUCGUCGUCGGCGGCCUCUGCGCAGUCUGCGGUGUUGAGAUCCGCGACACGCACGUUCAGGAGCAGACUGUUCAGGCGGGAUUUGUCUCAAAGCACAAAGACCUGCGACUCGACAGAGAGGUCGCGCGGCGCAUGGAAUACGAGCGAAUGGCGAUGCUGCUUGCGCAGCGGAAACUCUGUCUGAUUCUGGAUCUCGACAACACCCUUCUCCAAGCCUCUCCAGACCCCCCGCCCGCAGACGGUCCGCCGCUGAUUGUUUUAGACGAUUUCCUUCACGCUCCUUCUCAUUCCGCGCGCGCGCCGACCUCCGCGGCCUCAUGCACGAACGCGUCGCCGCGCACUGCGGCCGCGUGUUCUGCGGGAGAAGCGAUCAAAGGCGUCAACCAAGAGGCGGCGAAGGUUGAGAGCGGCGCGGAAAGAGAGCUAAGCGGGUUGGUAGAAGGCGUGGAGGCCGCAGCGCGGGAGGACAGAGACUCGUGCGAAGGCGCCGCCGCUCAGGUCUCGUCGUCGCAGCUCCUAAACGGGCAGGCCGAGGAAGGCCGCGGCGAAGCGCAUGCACUUCACACAGCAAAUGCGAAGAGCCGGCAGCCAGGAGAGGCGAGCGAGCGAAGCGUCAGCAGCCAGGAAACCUGCUCAGACUCGCACGGAGCCCGCGGAGACAAGGCAGGCAACGAAGGCAAGGCAAGAGAAGCGAGAGAGGACGGAGAACCUGCGGAGGCGGGAAUCGAAGGACGGCGCGCAGAGAGCAGAGGAAAGGCGCGAGGCAAUGAAACGUAUCGGGCCUAUUCAUGCCUCGCGCCGCAGCCUGCGUUUCAUCCGCCGUGGAUCUUGAGACGCGGCGUGUGGGCGCCGCCACCUUCUGUCGCCUGCUCGUCGUGGGAGGCGACUUGCUUUCCUGCGCGCGAGCGGCGCAGGAUGAAGCGCGACGAGGCGCCGGAAGAGAAAAAAGAAGCAUCCGAGCCGCAGGGCGCCAAAGAGGCGCCGAAGGCCGCCAAAGACGGCGAGCAGGAAGGCGACCCCACCAACGCAUGCAAACGACGCUGCGGGAAGCGCGGCGCGGCGCAGGCUGGAGAGAAGGAAGCCUAUCCUCACUAUCGCGAAGACGAGGAGGGCGAACGAAUCCGCCGCAUCCUCGAAUCAAGCGUCAUGUGCGUCCGCGUAGCUGCAGACGCCUCGCGCGUCAGCAGCAGAGCCAGGAGUAGUCGCAGAGCGGAGAAAUGCUCGCGCGCCUCGACCUUCUCUCAGCAGAGUGCUCUGGCUUCGUCUGCCUCUCCGGCGGCGAGCGCCGCGUCGUCGGUGGGCUCGCGAGAUGCUCCAUGCCAGCCGCCUCUUCCCUGCGAGCAGCACAUCACGUUCUUCAAAAUUCGUCCAGGGUGCCUCAAUUUUCUGAGACACGCCGCCAAGCGUUUCGAGCUCUAUAUGUACACGAUGGGCACGGCGCUGCAUGCAGCGAUGGCGCUGCGCAUCUUAGAUCCGGAUCGCCGUUUCUUCGGCCGGCGCGUCUUCUCGAGGGAGGACGCAGUGAACGGUCUGAAGGAAAUCGAGAGCAUUUUUCCGCACGACAAAAAAAUGGUUCUGGUCGUUGAUGACCUCGAGUGCAUGUGGAGCUACGCGCCCUGCUGUAUCAAGAUUCAGGGAUAUCACUACUUCGCGGACUCCUCCGCCGCAGAUGCACGCCGAAUUUUGCCGCAUAAUUACACGCACUGGCUGAGCAUGGCGAGGCCCUACUGCAACUUCCUCCCGUCAGUUCAGCAGCAAGUGCGGCCUGAGGAUCGUGUGCGCGGCUCUUCGAAAGCUACUCUGAGUGAUGCCGGACGACCCCCAUCUAGCCCUGAGGAUAUUGCGUCUUUUUCUUCAGCUGCCUCGUCGUCAUCCUCUGUAUCCUCUUCCACGGAUUCUUCUGCGUUUCCUGCUUCUUCUUCACCUGCUGCUUCUUCCUCUGCCUUAUCUGCUUCCUCCUCGUCCGCUUCCUCUUCAUCCGCUUCACCUUCCUCGUCUUGUGCUGCCUCUUCUUCAUUUUUUUCAUCUUCUGCUUCCUCUUCGACUCCUUCUCCUCCUGGAGGGUCGGAGCGAGGCGACAGCGACCGCGGGGUGGCGUACGAGGCCUCGAGCGGCGCGGGCGCCGCGCCGCCUCCAAGCCCGUCGUCGCUGCCUGCGGCAACUGCAUCCUCUGCGCUCUCUCCGCCCUCCAGCUCGCCUUCGUCUGACUCGUCAUCGGCGCCGUCGUCGAACGAGCCGGCGGACGGCUCGCCAGCGACACCCGCCGCGGCCUUCGACCGAGACGGUUUCCGCAUUCCGGCUGUUCUACGCAAGCUUGCGCGUCUGCCGCGGGAGCGCUCAGCCGGCGGCGCGGUGCCGCAGCCGCGGCCUGCGAGUUCAUCGGCGUCUGGCGACUCGUCUCGACGGGCGGAGCCCGCUUUUUCGCGCGGCGCAGCCUCCUCGUCGCCACACUCUCCGCCAUUCUUCAAGCCAUCGCUCAUCGAGGACUCAGAUCGCCAGCUGCUUUACCUCACGCACAUGCUCAACGUGCUUCAUCGGCUCUUCUACCGAGCCGCGGACAGAGUCGUCGCCGCCGCCUCCCCCGCGAGUCCCUCAGCCGGCUCUGCGGAGCGCCUGCAAAGCGCGGAAAGCGGCGGAGGCGACUUCCAGGAAGACGACCGCAAGAAGGACGAGGACGCGAGCUGGCGGCAACGAGCGGAGAACGCAGAGGAGGAAGGAGAGAGACGGAGGAAGGGCGCGGAGUUUUGGAAUGCCGAUCGAACGGGCUCUCUCCUCUCGCUCCUGCCUGACAUCGCCUGGGUUCUCGAAUCUGUGCGCGGACAGACUCUCAAAGGCGUCACGCUGAGCUCCUCAGGCGUGCAGGGGCAGCAGCUCGCGCGCUUCACCGACACCGACCUCGCGCGCCUGGCGCUGACGAUCGGCGCGAACGUCGUCGACAGCUUCCGAUCCUCAGUCACACAUCUCCUCUGCACAAAAGUCACGGAUAAAUACAAUCGCGCUGGUGACCUCAAGAUUCACAGACCUCACGUCAUGUGGCUGGAGAAGGCUCUGUACACCUGGCGGCGACCUGACGAGACCCCGUUUGAGUUUCGGCGGUGUGAAGGCCGCUACCGCAGCUUUUGGGAAGUCGAAGACUCUCAGCCCCCUUCAGAGGAGACGUACCGGCCGGUGGAGGCGCGCGUGGAGGCGAAGCUGCGCGCCGCGCAAGAGCCGUUCCUGCUUCAGCUGUCGCGCGACGAGCUCCGGCGGCGGGGAGAAGCGGAAGCCGCCGAGGCAGCGGAGGAGCGCAAUACCGUCCCUGUGAAGCUCGAGGACGGGGCGACCGGUGGCGGCGCGGACGGAGCAGGUGCCAACGAAGAAGCGAGCGAUGAGCAGACGUGGGAUGACUUCUGGGCUGACGCGUUCGACGACAUCGGCGGAGGCGGCGAGGAAAAUGGAGACAGCAUCUGA